GACAGAUUCGGUGUGUAUGACAGUCAGUGAGUGCAAAGCAUCGGGACAACAUCUGUCCGUCUGUUGUCCGUCUGUCUCCAACGCGCGUCUCCACUUUUUCUGAGGAUGCUACAGUUACCGCAGCUCCGCCAGAGCGUGAUCGCGCUUCUCAUAUGGUUCGCGCACUUGAUGGAACAGCAGAAAGUACAAGCUGGCAACUGCUGGCUUCAGCAGGGCAAGAAUGGGAGAUGCCAAGUUCUCUACAUGUCUGGGAUGAGUCGGGAAGACUGUUGUAGAAGUGGUCGCCUGGGCACAGCGUGGACCGAGGAGGAUGUACCCAAUAACACGCUCUUCCGGUGGCUGAUCUUCAAUGGCGGUGCACCGAAUUGCAUACCUUGUAAAGAGACUUGUGAUAAUGUGGACUGUGGUCCUGGAAAGAGGUGCAAAAUGAACAAGCGGAAUAAGCCUCGCUGCGUAUGUGCCCCAGACUGCUCCAAUGUCACCUUUAAAGGGCCAGUGUGUGGCUCUGAUGGGAAAACAUACCGGAACGAAUGUGCCCUUCUUAGGGCUAAGUGCAAGAGACACCCUGACCUGACUGCGCAGUACCAGGGAAAAUGCAAAAAAUCAUGCGAUGAUGUGCAAUGUCCUGGAAACUUGAAGUGUGUACUGGAUCAGACCAACAACGCCUACUGUGUGACCUGCAACCGACUUUGCCCUGAGGUGACCUCACCGGAGCAGUACCUGUGUGGGAACGACGGGAUUGUGUAUGCCAGCGCCUGCCAUAUCCGAAGGGCCACGUGCAUCAUGGGAUGGUCCAUUGGAGUCGCCUACGAGGGGAAAUGCAUAGACGCCAGGUCCUGUGAAGAUAUCAAAUGCCGGGAGGGACGGAAGUGUCUUUGGGACAAGCGGACGGGACGGGGACGCUGCGUGGUAUGCGAGGAGACCUGUCCCGAGAGUCGUCCGGGUGACAGCGUCUGCGCCGGCGACAACGCCACUUACCCGAGCGAGUGCGCCAUGAGGCAGGCCGCCUGCUCUUUGGGUCUUGUCCUGGAAGUCAAACACUCGGGCUCCUGCAACUCUCUCUCUGAAGAGACGGAUGAAGAGGAGGAUGAUGAAGAUCACACGGAUUAUAGCCAUCAAUCUCUGUUACUGACUGGAUAAACCACCGUCAACAGCAGGACUCCAUUUGAGCACAGAGUCAUGUUCAUGUUGUACAGACGUGUACUCUUAUUUAUUUUCCACAGCCACGUGGAAGAUGCUUAUUGUUGUAGAUGUUUAUUUAUACUUUUUUUUUUGCCUUUUUUAUUUAUACAUUUAUAGUCCAAAUAAAUGAUCUCUCUCGUCUUUC